AUGAAGUUCUCUGGACCCCCCCUGUUUGGAGCCGUAUCGAUAGCGUUGGCGCAUGGGAAUGGGCACCUCAAUGUCAAUGAAAGUCAUGAUUAUGCUCAUAUCCACAAAGCGUGCGGGAUAGAGGGGAUAGAAGAGGAUUACACCCUUCGCUUACCCGCUGCCAAUGUUCUCCUGAAUGGAGACAUCGACGUGUUGAAUCACUACGCCGGGAACAACACCAGAUCGCGCCCUCAAGACGAUCUCAACCCACCUUCAGGGCACAACUGGAGUCAUACCACACCUUGCUUCAACAGCAUCAUCUCCAACGAUGUCUUCUGUGUCUUCACAGACACCUCCUUCGCCAACGAGCAAGGUAUCUCUUGCAUCACCAACGCUCAACGAGGCGCUUACCUGUCUUCACUUCCGCCCUUCACCUCGCCCUCUACGACCACCAACAAACCCAACCCUGCGAAAUACACCAUCAGCUCUAUCCCCGGCAAAGGCCUCGGCCUCAUCGCCACCACCCGCAUCCCUCGCGGUUCUGUCAUUCUCUCUUCCCAUCCAACCCUCAUGAUCGACUACCGCGUUUUUGACGAGCUUUUGCGCACCGAUUACAUGUCCCUUCAAGCAGCCGCCAUUUCGUCUCUUCCAUCGGCCCACCGCUCGGCAUUUUUCCAUCUCUACACGCAAUCCAAAAAUGACACUGCUGGUGGUCGUCUCUCGAGAAUAGCCCAGACUGACAGCAUCAUAACCACCAACGCUUUUGACAUCUCUGCCUCUCCGCGCUCCCCUUUCAAUCCAGCACCACCCGAACCAAAACAGGCCGACGACGACGACGACGACGACACCUGGUACACCGUCUUUGCAUCCCCCAUCUCCCGCCUCAACCACGAUUGUCGGCCCAACGCCGAUUACCGCUUCGACUGGGAGAAGGGGCUGGUCCAAGUAAUAACUGCCGUGCGAGACAUCUUCCCAGGAGAAGAAAUCACCAUCUCCUACAUCAACCCGCUCCAAUCCCGCCAUGCUCGACAGAAACAUCUGAGAACGGUGUGGGGGUUUGACUGCUCUUGUGAGCUUUGCUCGCGGUCGUUAACAAAGGUGAGAAGGACAGGGGAGUCGGAUCGGAGGGUUAAGCUGAUCAAAAAGGUUCGGAGACUGCUUAGGGAAGAAGGGAAAGAUGGUGAAAGCAGCAAGGUUCAAGGUAAUGGAGAAUGGGAAAGGACGAAGAUGGCGGAGUUGUUGGUUAGUCUGUAUAAAAUGGAAGGGUUAUGGGGGAUGGUACAUGAGACGUAUGCGGUGGCGGCGAGGGAGUAUAAUAAAGCGGGAGAGGCUUGGAUGGCGAUGAAGUGGGCGGGAUUGGCGGUUGAGUUUGGGACGAUGGUGUUGGGAGAAUUGGAUGAGGAGGUUAGGGAGAUGAAGGAGUUGGCGAGGGAUCCGUGGAUAGUAGAAAGGAAGCAUGAAGGUUAUAGGGAGAAGGUUGAAGGGGAGGAAAGGACAGAAGUGGAAGGUGAUGAGAAACCGGAGGGUUUUGGGGUAGAGGAUGAGAGUGAUGAGGACGAGGAUGAGGAAGGCUGGUAA